GUCCUCCUUUUAACCCGAAAGGUGAGGGUGUGGGAGAAACAAUGAAUAAGGAGUUAGUGUAAAGCGCUCCGGAUCGAUCUCAUUCGCAUUAUCGCGCAUCAAACAGCAUCGGGACGCACUUCUCCAGCAGCGGGAUCUAUUAAACUUUCUAUAAGCAGCUGGUGACAGCAGCGGAUCUCAGGCGACCAGGAAAUAAAUACCGUGUGUUCCUCCGGCCAUGGCCCGGCGUAUCUCGACUGCUGUCGCUUUUCUCUUUUGUUUUGGACUAUCGCAUGUGUUUGAGGUUGAAGCCAGAUUCCAGCACUCUGUGGCCCUCCACAGGCAGAAGAGAGAAUGGAUCGUCCCUCCCCAAAUCUUAGAGGAGAAUGUGGAUUACACCAAGAGAGAGUUCAUUGCAAAAAUUCGCUCAGAUAAGGAAGACGUCAAACUGAAAAAUGUGAGGUACUCACUGAAGGGCGUCGGUGCAGACCAGCAGCCGUUCAAUUUAUUUGUGGUGAAUCCUGAAAAUGGAUAUGUCAGGAUAACGGGGCUCCUUAACAGAGAGUCCAUCGCACAAUACAAUCUUUCAGGCAUUGCUACGUUCACAGAUGGCAUGAUUGCAGAAAAUGACAUUGGGCUGAGAAUAAAAGUGAAGGAUCAGAAUGAUAAUCCGCCUGUUUUUGGUCCGAUGAAUCCCGGGGCUGUAGACGAGCUCAGUCCAGAAGACACAGAAGUGAUGAAGAUUAAUUGCUUUGAUGCCGAUGAGCCUGGAAACCCAAACUCUCAAAUCAAGUAUGAGAUUGUUGAGCAGCAGCCAGCUGGGGAGAGGAUGUUCAGAGUUGACAGUGACGGCACAGUCCGUGUUGUCAGUUCUAACCUGGAUAGAGAGACCGUUGAUCAGUAUGUCCUGCUUGUCAAAGCAUCUGACCUGAAUGGAGCUGCAGGUGGCAAUGCCGCCACAGGGACGGUCACCAUCAGGAUCAAUGACGUCAACGAUAAUGUACCUGUGUUGGAAGGCCCAUUUGAGGCCAGUAUUGAGGAAAAUACAGAGAAAGUAGAGGUGAUGAGACUCAAAGCAAGCGACCUGGAUCUUAAGGACACGGACAACUGGGUGUCUAAGUGCUUUAUUGCAUCAGGCAAUGAGGCUGGACACUUCAGCAUUCACACGGACCCAAAGACCAAUGAGGCAGUCAUUAUGCUUGACAAGGCUGUCGAUUAUGAGGAUGUCAAAGACCUGAACCUUGGCAUUGGUGUUAUAAACAAUGUUCCAUUCCACUCCUCUGUGAGUGGAGGAGGACAAGGAAUGAAUAUGAACUUCGGGGGCAGCGGUGGUGGCACAGGAGGAGGCGGUGAAGCUGGUGGUGGAGCUGACGGUGGAGCUGGCGGUGGAGGUAGUGGCAGUUCAGGCGGUUCAUGGUCAAUGUCAGGGGGUCAGAUAUACAAUGUGAACGUCAAGGUGAAAAACCAGCCUGAAGGACCCAGGUUCAUGCCCCUAACAAAAGCCAUCCCCAUCUCAGAAGGAAAGACUUUUAGCAGCAAUGAGGUCAUCGCAAGAUACCCCGCCAUUGAUACAGACACAGGAAAGGAAGCUACCAACGUAAAGUAUGUUAAAGGAUUUGACCCAGAUAACUGGCUGACCAUCGAUGAGACAACUGGAGCCAUUAAAAUGAACAAGGCUCCUGACCGCGAGUCCAAGUAUCUAGUUAACGGCACUUACUAUGCCCAGAUUUACAGCAUAACUCAAGACUUGCCUUCAAAGACGGCAACAGGCACCAUUGCCAUCCAAGUAGAGGAUUUUAAUGACCACUGCCCAACUUUGACAAGCAAAGUCAAGACACUCUGUACUGACAAGGAUGCCGUCUUAGUCACUGCAGUGGAUGAGGAUGCACCUCCCAAUGGAGCUCCAUUCACCUUCAAUGUUGUCCCAGAAGGAACUAAGGGGAAAUGGACAGUCGAGCAUUUAAACGAUACCACUGCCAUCUUCAGAACAAAUGAAAAGCUGUGGCCAGGAGAAUAUGAGCUGAUGGUGGACGUCAAGGACCAGCAGGGGUUGUCAUGUCCAGAACCUCAGAAAAUUCAGGUGGAUGUGUGCACCUGUAACGACCAGGGAGCUUGUGCCCGAGCAGGACCAAAUGGAGCAUCAGGAGCGUUUAAGAAGGGAUCCAGGUUUGGACCAGCUGGAAUCGGCCUGCUCUUCCUUGGACUCCUUUCAUUAUUGCGUAAGUUUGUUUAG